CAUGAGUAGUGUCUCGUGUUGGAGCGGGUGUAGCCUAUCGCUAAUCUUCUGUACAUUGUUGUCCCCGUGUUUUGUGUUUUUCCUCUUGCACAAGGCCUCUUCUUCCAACAGUCCCCUUUAAAAUGAGUGUUUUUUAAUUAUCUGGUUAUUUAAUGUGGACAGCAGCCAAUGAAACAAAGGCUCCACGCAAAGAAAGACAUCUCGGCUCGGGCUGCAUUAUCUCUAGCGCCGUUCGCCUUAUCUCUGGAUGUCCGAGUCUCUUGACAUAUAUGGAUAAACCCGUCACCCCGCCGCCUGAUAAUACAGUCCCAAAAUAAUCUGAGAGAGCAGCUGAGCCCCGCUCGGCGCUGCACGCUGCCGCUGAGAGAGGAAACACCGCCGUCAAAUCUGCCAUCAGUAAUGACGAAAUUCAGCUAUUCUGAAUACUUAUCUCAGUUUCGUAACGCUGGAGGUAAAUGUAAUAAUGUUCAGGCGAGACUGCGAGGAGAUAGGAGCGGAGGAGACGGUCAGAGCGACGUAACGUCAGCGCCGGAGGAUGUUGAGCCAGUGGUCUUUGCCAUCAGGAGAGGGGAUGUAAAGGCUGUUAAUGAUCUGGCAACAUCCGCUCCUCUCAGUCUGCUGAAGGAGAACAAAGAUGGGUGGAUACCUCUACAUGAUGCUGCCUUCUGUGGACAGACAGAGUGCUUGAAGAUCCUACUGCGGGCCCAUCCAGGUUCGGUAGACAAACGUACCUUGCAGGAGCAGACGGCCUUGCUGCUCGCCGUGUCUUGUGAACACUUGUCAAGUGCGCGCUGCAUUCUGGAAGCAGGCGCAGAUCCCGACAUCAGCAGCAAGAACAAAGAAACCCCUUUAUACAAAGCCUGUGAGUUGGAGAAUGUGGACAUGGUGAGUUUAAUUAUGUCCUACGGGGCCACUGUGAACCAGCGGUGUGGUCAGGGCUGGACAGCCCUGCACGAGGCUGUAUCGAGAAACAACACGGAGAUCUGUGAGAUGCUAAUAAGAGCCGGGGCUGCCAUCAAUCCGGCUAAUACCUACAGCAUCACACCGCUCAUUGUAGCAGCUCAGCAAGGACAGAUGAGGGCACUGUGCUACCUUAUUGAGAAAGGUGCAGAUGUGAACAUGCAAACGUGUGAUGGUGUCACAGCGCUGCAUGAGGCCAGUAAAAAUGGCCACAAGGAAAGCGUUGCAGUGUUGCUGAUGAAAAACGCAGAUGCAAACAAACCCACUAACUCAGGUCUGCUUCCCUUGCACAUUGCUGCUCAAUAUGGACACCAUGAGAUUGUGUCCCUCCUCAUCUCAGUGACAAGCCGAGCUAUGCUGCGCCACAGUUGUGUCACCCCCCUUCACCUGGCAGCAGAGCACAACAGACACACUGUGGCAGCUGUGCUACUCAAGACAGGUGCAGACGUAAACGCCACACUGGCCAACAGUCACUCCAUCCAGUAUGCUGAUAGACGCCUGACAGCCCUCUACUUUGCAAUCGCCAACGGCAGCACCAAGACAGCAGAGGUGUUACUGAACGCUGGCGCUAGUCUAACCCUAGACCCAGUCAGUCCUCUCCUGAUGGCUGUGCGGCAGGGCUGCAUCAGCACUGUGUCUUUACUGCUGGAGAGAGGGGCAGACGUCAAUGCCAGGCUACCCUCUUAUCCUACGACCUUCCCUUCUGUUGUUGCACUUUGCCUAAAUAAUCUGCCUCUACUCAAGUGUCUUUUGGACAAUGGCUGCGAUGCUCUCUCCUGUUUUACCUGUGCAUAUGGCUGUGCCCCUCACCCAGCGUCAGGAGCAUCAAACACAAGAGCUGUUGGCAGCAGUGGAUUUGGUUUGCAGAAUGGCAGCAUGCUUCCUUUCAACUGCAGUGAGACACCAGAAAGAGCAACACAGUUCUGUGAGUGGAUAUCAACAUCAGUUAUGUGUCAAUGGGCCGGACCAAUCCUAGACGUGCUGCUUGAGCAUGUCGGACAUGUUCAGCUGUGUAGCAAGCUCACUGAACUGCUCGACAGCCGAGAAGAAUGGCUUACUGUGAAGAGGAAGUCAUUGUCACCUCGUCCACUGAUGCACCUUUGCAGAUUCAGGAUUCGGACCCAAAUGGGACAACACAGACUGAAAUCUCUCAGAAGUCUACCUGUGCCAGACAGAGUGAUCCGAUACCUGAGCCUGGCUGACUGACUUUAAAAUGAACUUCAAGCAGUAUAGGCCUAAGAGAUGUGACUAAAUUUAUCAUGUUGUGUCUUUUUUUAGCUGAAUCUGUAAAUGCAAUUCUCUAUGUAUAAAAUAUCUAUUUAUAACAUG